UACUGGGGGGCGCGUCUGCCGAGGAAAGCGGGUUUCCAUUUCAAACCUAAAUAGUCCGGAGGACGGGCUAACGUUUAUCCUCGGUAGAACAUAUUUCGCGCUAAGCAGUAGAAAUCUAUGUAGCGCAGAAAUUGUUCUCUUAUUUUUUGGCUGCGGGUUGUUUUCGUUGAUCUGAAUCCAAAGAAGAAGAACGAAGAAAAAAUCACCCGCUCCGUCUUAGCUCCAAUUUUUCCGCGCCUGGUUUGUUUAUUUGGUUGUCAGAUCGACGGUCCGCUUUGAUUUUUGUCGCAGAAGGUGUUCACAAGAAAUUUUAAGCCACACUAGCAUUUCUUUUUAUUCAAACACAUCUCUGAUAUUCAACCAGAACCAUGCCGAGAUCCAACAGGCAAAAGGAAUACAAACCUGGAGACCUGGUGUUUGCUAAAAUGAAGGGGUAUCCACACUGGCCUGCGAGGAUUGAUGAACUACCCGAAGGAGCUGUGAAGUCGCCCUCAAACAAGUACCAGGUGUUCUUCUUUGGGACACAUGAGACGGCUUUUCUGGGGGCCAAGGAUCUUUUCCCAUAUGAGGAAUGCAAGGAGAAAUUUGGAAAGACCAACAAGAGGAAAGGCUUUGCUGAGGGACUCUGGGAAAUUGAGAACAACCCCACUGUCACUCACGAAGGCUACGAGUCGGCAAAGAAUGAGAACUCAUCGGACGCUACUGGAGACAUAGGCGGCGCAGAGAAAGCCAACACCGAGGGCAACAGUGACGAAGAGGAGGGGACUCUGGUCAUCGACGAGAAGAACGAUAGGGGAGGGACUAAACGCAAAGCAGAGGAGUCCACAGAGGAAUCUCCCAAGCGGCCAAAGAUUACAGAGGAAGAAGGCGAAAAGCCCAAUACAGAGGCCAAGCUUAAUGAUGUGGAAGGAACCAAGGCAACAGCGCCUUCCUCACAGAGCGAGUCGAAACCAGAAGGCCAGGAGAAAGCUCCAGCAGAGGCCCAGCUAAUAGCAGAAAAGGCAGUAAGAGACAGCGCUUAACGUCGACUCAGAAGAAAACCAACAACCCUCAAUGCUUCUCUCUGGAAUUCAGGCUUCGAAAUAAACACCUGUAGAAGGCCAGAUUUCAGCUGUUUAAUUAAUGAGCAAAUUAUGUGAGGAAAAACAUUUAAAAAUACAUGUUUGUAUUGAAAGACAAACAAAUUUCCAUUUUGCCACUAUCGGGAUAUUAUAUAUCCCAGAAUAAACAAAAGUAAGCAUUCGCUGAUCAGGCUUCAAACAAUUGAACUGAGCAUUUUCAAGCUUGUGUACAAACAGGAUUUUGGUGUUUAUAUAUUUUUUAUUUCUAAGUGCAAUUAAAUAAUUACAAAGACUGAAUAAUAGGUGUCAAAACAUUUGUCAGUUUGAGGGAAGAAAUAAACUUAAUAUAUACUACAUUUAACACAAAAGAAGAUUAAAUCACAAACUACUCCCAUUCAGUGGGUUUUAAAACAGCGUACAGAAGAAAGAAAUUCACCAUCUCAGCUUCAGUUUGUAACCAUUUCAGCCCCGUUUGUAUCAAGCUGCUUCUCAGCCUCAUUAGACAUCUUUAUUAUUCAGUCAUUGAAUGCAUGAAGAGUCUCGACAUCUUCAGCAGCAGCAGCGUUGCUGCUUUGAAGUGAAUGCCUCACUGAAGGUGACCAAACUGUGUAAUGAAUUUCUACAUUUUCCCACAUGUGGACUCCUUGGCUUCCAAACACAUUGAACAUGCAAACCCUGUUCAGUUCAGCCUGUUUCACUCAGAACUGCCCCGAAAUCUCAGCCGAUGACGACUUGUGUAGAAAGCAGAAAGACAUUCCUGAGUGUCGUCUCUGCUCGAUCUUGAAACGUUAAGGUGGGGUGGCGGUAACAUCCGUUUUAAAGUAUCUCGAUCAUCUGAAUGAAACCCGUCAGAACCAUUAGCUCAGUACACAAGCUCUAGUUACAUUUUUCCAAAUAUGACACCAAGAUUCACUGCAUUCACAGAUUAGUUGCACAGAAUUUUCGUUCGGAAAUGUUAUUGCUGAAAUUGUGAACGCUAACAUAAUUUGAUUGUUGUUUUUUUUUUUUUCCUCUAAGAAAUCAGAGUGUUAUCAUUACAGAGUUUUGACUUUGUAAAAUUAUAUUUUACUUUUUUAUUGUUUUGCCCAACCUUUUAACUGGAAUACGAGUCAUUUUACUUCAGUGGUCUUAUUGUUUUCGCUGUGAUACAAAGUUGUGGAUGUGAUUGUUCUCAUUACGUUGGUGUUUCAUCUGUUUACCAGUGUCGGCUUAAAAAUUUAUCAAGUCAUUGAAAAAAAGGGAAAGCUAUGGUAAAAAAAAAAAGAUUAUAAAUCUUUUCCUUCACUUAAUAUUCAGAGUAAAUUUUGUUUUUAAGUGUUUUUAUUUUUAUUUUUUGGAUUUUGCUUUUUCUGUUUAUUUCAGAUGCUGACAUUCAUCUUAUGCUACUGCUUAGUUUGCCAUUGUAGUUGCCAGUCAAUUUAAUAAACAUGUUGAUUACCAAAAAU